AUGGCCCAAAAGAGCCAUGCACUAUCUCCCAACACAACCCUGACAUUUCCAACCAUUGUACUCUGUGUACUGCGUGUAAAAUGUUGCUUCUUUGGAAAAAGAAUCAGCUGUCUCAGUUUUGGCAAAAGAGCAGAGCAGAAACGGUUGGUUCCUCCUACAAAGGUAAUCCAGUGAACACGUUUAUUGUGUGUUAGCCUUGCAAAGCAGGAUCUGUUAAUCAAAGGCUUACCACAGGUGCUGGAGCUGUUAAAAGUGCCUGCAGAUUCAACCCCUGCACUUCAUCUUCUCCAGGUUAAGAGGGAUUCUAUUAGGAGGUGGAUUACAAUCUGAACCUGGGCUGAGAAGGCUUUAUUUUUGGCUACUACCUGUUCAGGAGUAAGACAUGUAAAUCAUGUCCACCCUACUUUUUCCUUAGAUUAGCCAAGGACCAGUAGAUUCCAAGUUGGAUCCUGGGAAUUCACUGGCAAGAGGAGAGCUUUAAAUUGCAACACUUUUGGUAAGUGCCAGGUAGGAAGAGGUUCUGCUUCCUGAAUGCAUGUUUAGAACAGUCAUAUCUGUUACUAUUUGCAGCUUUUUUCUUUGAUUUUUCUUUAUAUUGAAAAGCUGGCUUAUUUGUUUAGAAUAAAGCAGCUGAACAUCAUGAAGACAUCUAAUUGUGUCCAGUUUCAGAUGACCUUAUACCUGUAUUGGUAGAAUACUGUUUUUAGUAUUCAAAGCACAUGAAGUAUAUGGUGUGUGAAUAAGCUAGAAGUACAUGUGUUUUAUAGAUGAUGUGCCAUUUCUGUAGACAGAGUGCUUAAGCCUUUUGCUAUGGAUUUGUUUAAAGAUUUCAUUAUGUGUGGUUUGUUUUUGGUUUUUAAUUGAAAUUGAUCAUUUGAGUUUAAGUAGGCUCGCAAGCCUAUAUAGAGGUGAGCUGGAAAGUCGGUUUACAAAAUCUAGGCCCCGAUGACAAAACUGAGAAAGAAAAAGAAACUUGGCAUAUUGCCCAAAUAUUGAAAAUACCAUGAUUAUUAUUUUAAAAUAUAGUUAUUGUAUGAUCCAGCUUGGCCGAUUCAGAAAAGUUGUAUAUGGAUAUUCUAUCCAAAAAUCUUGCUGCCAGGAAGUGACACUAUAGACAUUGUAACAAGUAAGGACGGUUCAUUUGUGUCUUUGCCAUAACCUUGUUACAUAAUCAUAGUAGAUCCAAGUAUUUUAAAGAAAAAUAAAUGAUCAACAGAUAUAUGAAUACAAAGUUAAGAUAGGCAUUAUUUGUUACAUGUUUAUUGACUAAACUGUAAAUUGUUAAACAUUAAAAACUUUAAAAUUUUAAAUCAAAAUAGCUAAACUGGAAAAAAAAAUCCAAAUUAGUUUUUUUUCCGUCCUUAUCUGUUUUUGCCUAAAAUGUGAAAUUCUUCGUUUGGCAUGCAACUGAAUAAUUAUUAAUAUUAUAUAUUUUUUGUGAUAUCUCACAAAACAUUUUCCUACAAGGAGUGCCCCUUACAUUUAUUAAAUUAAAUUAAAGUAAGAUACAUCAACGCCAGAAUUUGCCUUAAGAAGGCUUCAUAUGACACAUGUCCCUAUGGGCCACAGUGGUCAUGGGGCGAGGGUCAACUGAUUGAAUCAGGUGAUCUCCAAAUGUAAUUGGCUCUGUGACUCGCAAAAAUUGACUGCAUCCUGUUCCCUGUUGCUUCUUAUUGUCUGCACUGUGAAGGGGUUAUAGAGAGCCGUAUAGCUUCCUCUACGGGCCUCUAAUAAUUCUGCACCAGAACUGAGGUAGCCGAGACUAAUGAUGAAAGCCUACCUCACGUGUACAUUUUUGCUUGACAAAUUAACAACAUGAACACAGAUGAAAAGCGAUUUCCUAGUUUAUUUUUGGACCACCAUUUUUAAAGGACUUCAAAUAGGGAGUCCACUAUCUGCAUGCAUGUACAUCCAUCCAGAACUUGCACACAUACAGCCACAUUCUAUGAAUUUUGGAAUACCUCAAUCAUAACAUAUGGUGAGUUGGAUGCCAUGUUGGAUGUGGAAGAAGCCAUCUUUACUACAUAGACUCAUGUUGUUAACUUUUCUGUUAUAUUAGCUAGCUUAAAUCUUUUCCUAUCUAAAGGCUCAUGUGCUUUGUGGAUGACUGGUUCACUUUAAAGAGUACUAGUCAUGGCAAAGAAGAAGUUAAUCUAAUUUUUCAUUUUUUUCCUCUACUUCCCUUUGCUUUUACUGCAAUGCCAUCAGCAUAGUGGUAAAGACUAAUUCGGUGGAGAUCAUCCAUUCCAGGAAGCCAUGUUACAAGAGAAGGAAUCAAUCUUCAGGGUUGACAGUGCAUUUGGAAUUGAGUUUGAAUUCAAAGAGCUCAAUGCUUAAAGGGUUACUCCAACCAUCAUGACCACUUCUGCUUCGGGAUGCAGCAACUUAGCUAUUCGCAGUUUAAUUGAUAUGCUUUCCUAAAGUAGUGAGUUCUCUAUGGUAUUUUGAAGGAAUGGAUACUGGGUGAACUUCUAGCAGAGAAGGGAAGGGAGUUCCACAGGAAUGAUGCAAGCAAGCAUCCAAGGUGGGAGUAUGAACAAAGAAAAGAUGUAGGUCUUCGGUAAGCGUAGGGGCCAACACAGGAUAUGCUUGUGUAUUAGGUAGGAGCAGCAUUUUUGUAGAGAUUUGUAAGCAAGAACCAGAGUUUUAAAUUGAGUUCUGUAUCUUACAGGAAGCAAAUGUACAGAAGAAAGAGAGGGGGAGGCAUGGGAGGUGCGGGCAGACAGAAAGAUGAGCCUCUCCACUGCAAUCAUUAAAGACUGUAACAGGGCAAGUUGGGAGCACGUAAGAUCACUGAAAAGUGUCUGGAACUCUGUUUCUGAUUGCCUCAUGUCAAUUCUGUGCAAAAGUAGCAUCUGUCAUUAGCACACUGGUGAUAGACAUACAUAGCUUCUAUCCUUGCAGGCAGUGCUUGGAACUGCAAGGUGAAGCUUUUAUCUCCCCUCCCUUCUAAGCUAAAGCUUUCUCUGCCUUUAUAUACACUCUGUUUUUGAAUAUUCCCUCCUUUCCUCUCCCUAUCAGCAUGCACUCUGAGCUGGUGAAACUGUCCGAUCAAAUGUAAGAAGCAUUUGAUUGAACCUCAAGACAGCUGUAGUGACAUCAGACAGGGAGUGGAUAACAGCAAUGGGAGUUUUGGCUAGAGCUAGAUGUCAGGUAAGUUAGAUGUUUUGUUUUGUUUUUCUUUGGGGGGGAUUGUGACUUUAAGAAAUAAAAUCAAUGGCAAAAAGGGUUGGAGUAACCCUUUUCAUCUAAGCAUAGCUCCGACAAAAUUAAAAUGAUAAUGUCUAUAGAUAUACAGCUUAGGUAUACUUGUCCUCACUAUUAUUUCUCUGCGGUAUUAAUACCCACAAAUUAUAGAAGAAACUCAGAAUUUACUUUAAUGAGUGGUUAGUUUAAUAAGUCAUGUGUCUAAUUUUAUAAGAAGAAAUGUAAGACCCUAUAAUUAUAACACACAGACUGUGGGAAAAGGCUGAUGUUGUAACACAUAGGGUUGAAGUUUUCAUUGCAAUAGAUUCAAUAUAAAUAUACACAAAAAAAAUUAAACAAGUAAUUGUUAUAUUGAUAAAAUAUAAUCUACUUAUAAGGCACCCAAUACGCUAUGCAGGCCCUAAACACCAACUUCAUAACAAUACUUCCGUUGAUCCAAUUUUAUGGCAAGAGCCACCAUUGGAUUUAUAUAUGGAUUUAUGCUUCUGCAUCAGUGAGGGUGGUGGAAGAUGAGGAAGCUGGGUCAAGUGGUUGGACACCAUAAACAAAACUUUGGCGUUAAAUAGUUAAAAAAACUAUUUAAUCCCACACUGAAAGAGGGGGCACAGAACCCAUAAUGACUUAAUCUGAUCUUGAUAAAGACCUGAAUAGGUUGAAACGUUGAUCUGUUGAACUGAAUUUAUGGACACAGUAAACUGAACACUUUUUCAAAUCCUGGAGCGCGCCUAAUUAUUCGUAAUUCUAAUAAAUAAAUAUAUAUACACAUAUAUAUAUAUAUAUAUAUAUAUAUAUAUAUACACACACACAGACACACACACAGAUGUAUAUUUUCUAUUGCUCCUAAAAAUAGAUUGGCUCCUAGAUAAAGCCUGUGUUCUAUUCUAGUACAAAAGGUAAAUUGGUGGGAUUCCGUGUCAAAACAUUAUAGAACACUGCAAUGCCAGUAUCUAUUGUACAUAGUAUGACAAUGUGUAAUGGAAUCCUGUUGUUAUUGAAAAUUGUGUAUUUACUUCUAAUCUGCUCAGAAGAUUACCUUAACAUUUUUAUGCAUCUUUAUUGUUGAACAUGUAUAAUACAUUUUGAUGCCGUUUUUCAUAUAUAAAAAUUGUUAGUAAAUUUUUUUUUUUUUAAGUUACAGUUUUGGAUCUAAAACACUAAGCUAAACAAUUUAAUAAAAUAUAUACUACUUAACAGACCUACACAGUCCUAAUAGGGCUAUAAAAGGCCAUUCCUUAGCAGCCAGAGUCCCUUGCAUGGUCUAGCUCUUAGCAUCAUUCCUUGUAGCAGUGAUUUCCUGAUUAUUUUCUUGUUGUGACUUUUGUUGUUGUGGCAGCUUCUAAAUAUCCUUAAUUUAUGUCAAAAUGUUUUUGAGAGUUUUGACAAAAACUUGGUUUUCUUGGAACCAAAUCUUUGCCAUCUGCUACGGCUUGGAUAAUGCAAGCGUAAGUGGGAAAAUUAACGUGUGGUCAAUUUUUUUGUUUUGUUAAGAACUUUCAUCACCAUAGUAAUGUUACCUUAAGACUCGUACAGUUGUAAUCAAAAUUAUUCAACCCCCAUUGAAAAUCAGGGUUAUUGUCAAAGUUUACAAACUUUUAGCUGUUAUCAAAGAACAAAUUAAACAAAAGUAACUUCAACUGAAAAUUCAACUUAUAAUGACCUCUUCAGUCUCAAUAUUAUUCAAACCCUUGAAUAGAUCCCUCACAAUAGCACAAAUAAACAAAUCAGGUGUUGUCUCCAGCACAUAUGAUGCAAGUAAUCAAGGACUUCAUUAGUUGCACUAGAUGUGCUUUAGCUGACCCUCUUGAAAUACCUGAACUGGUUACAGGUUUUAGUGUCACGUUUGACUUCUUGUUAGACAUAUGGCUAAGCCAAAAGAAUGGUCCACAAAGUUAAGAGAAUAGAUCAUCACCCUUUACAAACAAGGAACAGGAUACAAAAAGAUAGAUAAGGCACUGAAUCUUCCUAGAGACACUGUUGGAAGCAUAGUUUGCAAGUUCAAAGUUGAAGGAACAGUGGCUACACUACCUGGUCAUGGCAGAAAAAAAGAUGGCUGCAACAAGAUUUCUGAAAAGGUAGGUUGUGAAAAACACUCGAGUGAUUGCAAGGUUUCAGUGAGCACAGUAAGGUGCAUACUAAAAGCAGAAGGUUUCCAUGCCAUAACUCCAACACUUACACCUCUACUGACCCAAAAGCACAAUAAAACUCAUCUCCAGUAUGCUCAAAAUCAGAUAAAUAAGCCACAGAUGUUUCGUGAUCCUGUACUGUGGAGCGAUGAAACAAAACUGGAAAUAUCCACAAGUAGCUCAGUGAUGCUCAGUAAUGCUUUGCAUCCUCUGGCACUGGAAACAUGCAACGUGUGAAAGGCAAGAUGGAUUCAUUAAAGUAUCUGAAAAUCCUAGGAGAAAACUUCAUGCCGUCUGUGAGGAAGUUGAAGCAUGGGUGUCACUGGACUUUCCAACAAGACAAUGAUACUAAGCAUACACCUCAAAUCGCAACAAGGCUUGGUUGCAGAAGAAGUCCUGGAAAAUUCUAUCAGGUGACUUGAACUACAUAGAAAUCUCUGGUGGAUUUGAAGAAGGUGGUUGCAGCACGCAAACCCAAGAAUAUUACUGAACUGGAGGUCAGUGCUCAUGAGCAAUGGGUUAAGAUUCCUCAAGAACACUGCUGUAAGCUGGUGUCUAGCUAUGCAUCUCAUUUGCAGAAGGUCACAACCGCAAAAAGGGGUGCUCUACUGUGUACUAAAGAUGCUUGCCAAAAAGGGGUUGAAUAAUUUUAAGACUGGAUAAGUCUUUAUAAGUUUCUAUUUCAGUUGAAUUUGAGGAAACCAUUUGAGGUAUUCCCUGUAUUAUUAAUAUUAUUAUUAUGAUAUUUAUAGAGCACCAUCAAAUUCCGCAGUGCUUUACAAUGGGUGGAUGAACAGACAUGUAGUUGUAACCAGACAAGUUGGACACACAGGAACAGAGGGGUUGAGGGCCCUGCUUACAUGCUAGAGGGAGUGGGGUAAAAUGACACAAAAAGGUAAGGAUAGUAUUAGACUAGUGACAGUUGCAGAAGAGGAAUCAGUCAGGAGCUAUUAACAGUUUAAUUGAUACGCUUUUAUGAAGAAGUGGGUUUUUAAUAAUUUUUUUAAGGAGUGGAGACUGGGUGAGCACCUAACGGAGGAAAGCAAGUUCCACAGGAAUGGUGCAGCCCUCGAGAAAUCUUGAAGGCAAGCAUCAGAGGUGGGAGUACGGACAGAAGAUAGACGUAAGUCUUCAGCAGAUCUUAAGGGCCUAGACGGGACAUACUUGUGUAUAAGGGAGGAUAGAUAGGUGGGAGCAGUAUUAUGUAGAGAUUUGAAAGCAAGAACCAGAAUUUUAAAUUGAGCUCUAUAUUUUAUAGGAAGCCAAUGUAGGGACUGAUAGAAGGGUGAGGCAUGGGAGGUACGGGCAGACAGGAAGAUGAGCCUCGCUGCCGCAUUCAUUAUGGACUGUAACGGCGCAAGUUGGGAGCACAUAAGACCACUGAGAAGAGGAUUACAGAAGUCAAGGCGAGAAAGGACAGUGGAAUGGGCCAACACCUUAGUCGCAUCUGGCUUUAAGUAGUCGCAAUGUUUUUGAGAUGGAAUGACAGGAUUUGGUGAUAGAUUGAACAUGAGGCUUGAAGGAGAGGUCAGAGUCAAAGAGAACACCUAGGCAGCGAGCCUGCGUGGUGGAGCUGAUGGUAGCACCGUUGACUUGGAGGGAGACAGACACAGGAGUAACAACACUUGAGGGAGGAAAGAGCAGAAUUUCAGUUUUGGUCAAGUUUAGUUUAAGGAAGUGGGCAGCCAUCCAGUUAGAAACAGCAGAGAGGCAAUCAGAGACACUAGUCAAUAGGGACGGGGAGAGAUCAGGAGAGGACAGGUAGAUUUGCGUGUCAUCUGCAUAGAAAUGAUUUUAGAAGCCAGAGAAGCUAAUGAGUUUUCCAAGGGAGGCAGUAUAGAUAGAGAACAGUAGGGGACCAAGGACUGAACCUUGGGGGACACCAACAGAGAGGAGUUGGGGAGAAGAAUCAGAAUCAGAGAAAGAAACACUGUAAGAGCGCUGGGAGAGGUAGGAGAAGCACCAGGAGAGAGCAAUAUCUUGUAGACCGAUAUUGCGGAGGAUGAGAAGAAGCUGUUGAUGAUCAACAGUGUCAAAAGCCGCAGACAGGUCAAGGAGAAUUAGGAUAGAGUAGUGACCACGAGAUUUUGCAGCGAGUAGAUCAUUGGAUACUUUGGUCAGUGCCGUUUCCAUAGAGUGCUUAGCGCAGAAACCAGACCGAAGCGGGUCUAGCAGAGAGUUGGACUCGAGGAAGUCUGUCAAUCUCGCAUACACAAAUUUCAAGGAUUUUGGAUGCAAAAGGCAGUAGCGAGAUAGGACGAUAGUUGGAUGGGGAGUUAGGGUCAAGAUUGGGCUUCUUUAGAAUUGGGGUUACAGUUGCAUGUUUGAAGGGCAAUGGAAAUAUACCAGAGGAGAGAGAGAGAGAGAUUGAGAAUUUUUUAGUGAGAGGUGGAAAAAGAGAAGAAGACAGAAUACGGAUGAGAUGCGAGGGAAUUGGAUCUAGGGAGCAGGUGGUGGGGUGGGAGGACUGGAGCAGAGCAGAAACCUCUUCCAAUGUAGAGGGUGCGAAUAAACAUAGAACAGACGAGGGAGUGAAGUUAGGGGAAAUAUUGUAAGGGGAAAAAGAAAGAUGAGAGAUCUCUUCUCUGAUGGUAGAUAUCUUGUCAGUGAAGUGAGUUGCAAAGUCUGAGGCGGUCAAGUUAGUAGGUGGAGGAGGAACAGUAGGGCGAAGAAGAGAGUUAAAUGUGUGAAAUAGUCGUUUGGGUUCGCGGGAGAGUGUGGUUAUGAGGGUAUUGAAGUAAUUAACUUUUGCAUGUUGAGCUAUUUCACUUGCUUUUGUUUGAUUUGUUCAUUACAGACAGCUGAAAGUCUAUAAAUGUUGAUAAUAAACCUGAUUUUUAAUUGGGGGUUGAAUAUUUUUAAUUACAACUGUACAUUUAAUGCUCUCUCCAGAAGCACUUGAAAAAUUCUUUAGUAUUCAUACUUUUCAUGUGGGGAUGGAUGGAUGGAUGGAAUGGAUAUAAUUGAAUUAAAACAACAUGCAGGAUCAAGGAUAGCCCUUCUGUGAAUCAUUUAUUUUCCUUUGGUAGCUUGGGAAUGUGCCACCAGAAAGCACUGUGAAAUUAUUAGUAUCUGGUAGAAAUCCACCAAUCAUGAUCACUCAUGUGACAUCGGUACAUUCAGGGAUCCGAAUAGUAAAUAGCAAACAUACUUGCCAUACCUUUGCCUCAGCAAUACAUGACUCCUUAAAUAGAUUUCAGAUGGCUUUUCUGGUGCUGUACUUUACAGAAUAUGUCUUGGACAGCACUGUGUGUUGUAUUUUGCAAUGUCUGGAAGUAAUCAAACAGAAUGAAAGAACAAAAAAAAGGGGACACAGAAUCUGAAAAAUCAUGUUCCUCUGCCAGACACCAGCUAUUAAACCCUUACCUUAGCAAACUUUAAUACAAUACAUUAUUUAAUAUUUAGGAACUAUUUUGACUAAUAUAUGAGCUAUGUUUUGGCAAAAAAUCUGGAAUUUCUGCCAACUUCAACCUGAUGCACCUUGCCAAUUCCCAAUAGCUGUCUAAAUAUAGUAUAUCAAUACUAAAGUGUGAGGAUCUGUACAGUAUUCAUCUGUCUUAAAAGAUCUUCCCUAGAACCCCAUUGUGUACUUUAAUGCAUGCUCAAAAGCAGCGGUAUAUUUACCGCGAGGCUGACAAGCAGUGGCGUACACACAACCCAUGGGGCCCCCGUGCGAAACUGAUCCAUGGGGCCCCCUUCCCUCUAAUUCUCCCUCCCCCCCCCGACAGACACACACACACACACACACACACACACAUACAUACAGAGACACACACAUACAUACAAAGACAUACAUACAAACAGACAGACAGACGCACACAUACAUACAAAGACACAUACACACAGGCAGGCACACAUACAUACAAACAGACACAUACAUACAUUCAAACAAACCCACACACCCUCCUGUUUACUACCUUUUAAGUGCAGGAGGGUGACUUUCCCUGGGGUCCAGUGGUGGCUCAGGUUGAUGGUAGUCAGAGUUCCCACUCUGACUCCCUCUGCUUCCUCACGCGCUGGCUCUUAGUGAUAGCUGGGAGGAGUGACGUGGAGUCCCUUCCUCCCAGCGUGUGAUGAUCUCAUCACAGGGGGCCGAUCGCGCUGUUCAAGCAGCUAGUGAGAGUGUGCGUGUCUUUUAGUGAGAGUGUGUGUGUGUGUGUGUCGGUGAGUGUAUUUAUUUGACUGUGUCUGUUAGUGAGGUGUGUGUGUCUGUUAGUGAGUGUGUAUGUCUGUCAGUGUGUAUAUGCGUGUCUGUCAGUGAGUGUGUAUGUCUGUUUGUCAGUGUGUAUCUGUCAAUGAAUGCAUGUGUCAGUUAGUGUGUCUGUCGGUGGAUGUCUGUGGGUGAAUGUGAGUGUGCAUGUCUGUCUGUCUGUCAGUGAGUGUGUAUAUUUCAGUGAAUGCGUGUUGGUUAAACAAUGUGUGUGACAAUGAUUGUGUAUCUGCCAGUGAGUGUAUGCCAGUGUAUGCAUCAGUAAAGGUGUGUGUCUGUCAGGCAAAGAGCAUGUUGGUUUUUAAUAGGAAGUAAAAUUUAGAAGGAGAGGGUGCCUGAAUUUUGUCAUGCCUAGGGCAGCACAAAACCAGAAUACACCACUGCUCAAGAGUACACCAGUAACAUGACUCUUGCAGGCUGUAUCUACCAGGAGCUGGAAAUGGAGCUGAACUAUAAAAUGUCACCUCUGGUGGCUGGCUUCACAUAGGUAUAUUUACCUUUGUGAUCUCCCUAUUGGGUCCCAUCAUGCAAGUGACCAUGUCACCUUGCAGAAAUGCAAAGACACCGCAAGUGACAGUGUCCCAUUAUUUUCCAAUUCACUCUCACAGAGAUCUGGAUCUGUUGCCUCCUAUUCUAUAAGUCCAAAACAGGCCACUUUAUUUUGGAAUGUGGGAUUACCGAGUCUAAGUGCUAGCCUUUGUUUUUGUUAAAUUUUUAAAAGCCAUGACUAAUAUAUAUAUAUAUAUAUUAAUGAUAAUGGAAGAUCAUUUUAGAACUGAUAAUCAGAAAGUAGUUGGUCUUUAGUAUUAAUAGUGCUUUUGUGUUAUGGACAGGAAUGAGAAAACUAAUGAAUCUGAUGACUACUGUAGAAAAGAUAACAGAAGCAGUGUGUGCCUUUCACACCUAUAACGUUACUCCUUUCCAUCUUAGUGAUAUCUGUAAUCAUGUUAAUUUUAAUUAUGCAAAUUUACUUUAGUCAAUUAAACCCUAUUUAAUUUUUUCUUCGCUCCAGCACUGUUUUAAACCAUGUAAAUAAACAAAAAGGUUUUCUGAACUGGCUCCAGUCUAUGCAAUGUUACUAUAAAUGGCAACCCUCAACCAUGUUUUUCAAAGAGGGAGGAGGUGGAGGGGAGGUUGUUGGGCAAGUACUAUGGCUUUUUUGCACACAUAACUCAAGUAUCUCUGUGAUGAUGCCCCUGCUCACACUGGAAAAACAUUAUAUAUCAGUUUUACAGCCAGAAGCUGCUGGAGUAGCACCAAGAGACAUUAUAGAGCAAGUGAUCAACUGCUUCAUGUAACUCCAUGAUUCCAACGUCUCAUCUCACCUCAUAGCAUCCUACAAAUACCUCCACAUAAAUAUAUGCAGUCUUCCAUGAUAUAUCCCAGUGUCAGAAAAUUCCUGGAGAACAUUAAGAUUGAAGGCCAUGAACCCUGGCACACAUCACAUGGUGCUGGGUUAACAAAUGCAUUUCUGAUUUCCUGCUUGAUCGUUCACUCCUGCCGUACUUUAACAGGCAUCCCAAGGGGUCCCCAAUUACUUUAAAUCAGGAGAGGAAUGGUAACAAUUUCCAGUUCUCCCAUGUUCUUAAAGUGCAUACGUUUAACUUUAUUAUUGCAUUCUCACACAUCCAACAUUUCAAAUGAUCCAAGAUGGACACUAAGUGUAGAGGUGUGGGUGGGGUGGGUGGCAAGAGGCAGGGCUAUUCUGAGACAUUUUAGGUGUCUUGCUUAUGAUUUUUGCAGCUAAAAUAUAAUUUCGCACAAGGAUUAUGCAUCUUAUUUACUCAUACUGAAAUCUUAUUGUAGUUUAAAGAUACAUUACUGAGGAUAUUAUUGCUGUGGAUCUCUGUUAAAUACUCAAAUGCCAACUAUAUGGUCAUUAAGGACAUAAAAUAUGAGUCCAAAAUAGGGACUGUAUCUCCUAAAUAGGAACACUUGGGAGGGAUGCAUUCCAAAGAGUAUGGAAAAUGGAUGGCUCUGAGGACAUAGAGCGCACUGCAGAAAUUCUGUGAAGGUGGGGGUAGAUGUUAUGUAUCUUACAAAUACUGAUAAGCAUAUUAAUUUAAAUUGUAUCAAUUUUGACAUACCUACUUACUGUAUGUGGCCAACAUUGUAUUUAUGCUUCAUUAUUACUAUUUUAUACCGUAUCUGAUAUAUUGCCAGAAAGGGAUUGCCAUAAAAUCUCCAUCAAAUUACAUCCUUGUGAUAGAUCAUAGGAUGAACAAAGAAAUAAAAAACAAAUAACAAUUAUGCAAAUGUACAUACUUUUUUAAAUCCUAUGUGUAUGUGUUAGUGGUCUGUUUAUGUUUGUGUUCAAAUAACUAUCAUGCUAUUUUUAAGAAAAAAAAUUUUGGAAAAAGAAAUUGCACCAAAAAUAUGUAAUUGGGAAGCCGCACUGCGAACAUGACCAUUUUAUUUAAUGUGCUCUUCAAAUGAACCAAAUACACCUGGUGUAUAUCCUCAUUAUAAGAGCUAUGUAUCUCUUAAGACAGCAGAAAUAACACCUUUCAGAUGAAAUAUCCAUUAUAUUUUAUGGGGUGCAUGAGAUUUUGCUCUGGAUACAGCAUUAAGCCACCCCUGUUACAUUAUGUUAUUGAUUUUUUAUUUUUUUUAUUUUAAAUGUUUAAUUUUUGGUUUAAAAUUGAUAAAUAUGUCUAAUGCUAGAGUAUCUUUGAUAUUAUUAGGGCCUUUUUAAUUGAAAAACGUAGAAACAUUUUAUAAAACAUAUCUUUCUUCUGAGCACUGAGACAGACUCCCACUCAGACGACAUCAUCCGUUAUAAUGACUUCUGUUAGAGAAACAUUGGAAGUAUAGAAUGUGACAAUCCUGAACAUGAAGACCUUUGAUUUUCUAAGAUAUAUAAUGAGUAAUCUUGUUGCAUGUUCUAUGACGGAGUGCACAUUGCCAUUAUUUGGGAAUGACAAUUUUUCACAUUGUCAGAUAAAUAGAGACACCAUCUGUGCACAAAACCACGUAAUUAAGAUAAAGUGCUAUUGGUGCUUAGAGUCUUUUUAGUAAUAUGUAAUGACGUUCAAAGUAACAAGUAAUUUAAUUAAUGCAGGUUCUCGAUGGAGUGAAAAAAUUAUGUCUCAGAUUUGAUUGAUAACUUGGACACAACAAAAGCAGCUAUAAUCCACACCAGCAUUUUUAAAAAGGUUAAAGGAACACGCUGGUGCAUAACUUCAGAAAUGAGUUGUUAUGGUGCCAGGAGGUCCUUGGAUGCCGCUUACCUUCACGGGAUAAACUGUUAACGUAUUGUUUAAUCCUAAAGUUUUCUGUCCUGCGUCUGUCAGCUAUGCCCUCUCAACAUCAUUUUGAGUCCAAGGCUUGAGGAAAAAUAUGUUAAUUAAUAAAGCCAUUUUGUUAAUGGUAAGCUGAUCAUUGGUACAUAAUUUGAAGCUUUCCGUUUCAAGUCUCAGCCUCAAACAGAUGUGGAGGGGAAAAGUCAAAAAGAUGAAAUUGGGGUUAAACCAAUCCUACAAGGGAUCUCUUGACACCAUAACAACUUCAUUCCAAUUAAGCUGUUAUCGUGCCCAUAGUUUUUCUUUAAUAUCUAAUGGCUAACAAGCCCAUGUGCCAAAGAGCUCUUCUGGCCUGCCUGCCAGCAGCCUACUCCUUGCAAUUAUCAUUCACUCCACUUUUAAACAUGCACUGAUACCAUUGUAUAAUAAGGUUGGAAAUGAUAGAGUUCGUAAUUGACAGAUUCAAACAAAGGAAAUCGCCAGGUCACGGCGGCUUUACUAAUGCAUGUUAAACUCUUUAAGAAAAACAUCCUCUCAUAUUUGACAGCUAUUUUUAAUGAGAUUGCUCGGAAGAUCAGAGCUUCGGAAGACCUAAUAAGAGCACAUAUUCUACCAAUCUUAAAACAAGACAAACCACCUACUGAUUUAGCAAACUAACACCCAAUAUCAGUCAAUGUUGAAAUUAAAUUGUAUGCUUCCAUCUUAGCGGAACUAGUUAAAAAGGUCCUGCCUUCAGUUAUAGACUCUGAUAAGAUAGGAUUUCUUUUAGGACGAAAGUCAUGUAAUAACACAUGGAGAAUGGUUGAUAUUAUGGAUUGGGCACAGCAUGAGGAGCUCCCGUUCUGACCUUGUCGGUGGAUGCAGAAAAGGCCUUCUACAGGUGUGGAUAUUUGAGGAAAGUUAUGGCCCAUUUUGGUUUUGAGGGCUGGAUUGUGGACACGAUAGGGACUUUGUAUUCAAUACCCUCAGCUCAGUUAGUGGGACAGGAUUUCUGCUCCUAUUGGUUCCGUAUAUUGAAUGGUACCAGACAGGCUGGCUACUUUCUCCUUUAUCUUAUAUUAUGACUAUUGCACCUCCUGCGAUCAACAUAAGAAAUAACCCUCUGCUUAAGGGUAUAACCCUAGUAAAUAGAGAAGCGAAGAUCUGUCUCUAUGCAGAUGAUAUUUUAAUAUCGGUCAUAGAGCCUAUGGUCUCGAUACCUAAUCUUAUCUGGAAAUUCAGCAGAUACAGUACUAUAUCAAACUAUAAAUUAAACAUGAACAAAACCACUUUACUUACUAAAUAUAACAAAAACAGUCUUCAGAGGUUGGAAAGGGACUAUGGUUUUAAUAAGACCUCUAAGGAAAUUCAGUAUCUGGGCAUAGAAUUCACUUCUGACCCAGACAAGCAACGGAGACUAACUUCUUAAAGCUUUUUAAGGCCUCUAACAGAUUAUUAAGGAGCGGUGACAUGUGGGGAUAUCCUGGUGGGGAAGGAUAAAUACUUUUCAAGCUUAUAUUUUACCCAAAUGGGCAUAUUUAUUUCGGAUACUUCCCCUAUCUAUCUCAAAACACUGGCUAAAUAUAAUACAAACUUGUUUUGCAAACUACAUAUAGAGAGGUAAAAGAGCCUGAAUUAACCUUAAAAUAUUAGCCAGAAAAGGAUAUCAGGGAGGAGAUGGCUAUCCUUUAAUCAGAGACACAUUUCAGGCAAACAUGAUGGCACAUAUCUAUAAAUUACAAUUAACCAAGUCAACUGAUUAAUCAUGGUAUAGAUUAAAAUCAAAAAAGGGUUGGAAUUGAAACUCUUGCAUUGUUGUUAUAGAGUAAUACAGGAAAUAGUACAUUUAUUCUGUCCGAAGAAAAUUCCCUAGUUCUGUUUCAGACAUUAAAAGAAUGGCAGACCCUGAAGAAAGAACUGAGAAUUACAAACAAAAUCUAUGAUGGCACCAAUAUCAAGAUAUUAGAGUUAACUAUAUUGAUCUCAAAAACUGAAAUAGACAGAGUGAUUAUUUAAUAAGAGACCUAUAUAAUAAUAUUAAUUUAUUGCACUUUGAGGAACUUAGGCAAAACUUGAAUCUUCCCCACCUGGAGUUCAACUUUUUUGCAUUCAGAGACUCCUAAAAGUGUUUGCUGCGUCUAGACCAUGGGUAGUCAACCUGGUCCCUACCACCCACUAGUGGGCGGUUUGGGAUUUCAGGUGGGCGGUGGUGGGUUCUGUAGAAAACAACCGGUGGGCCUAGUUGGCAGUGGACCAAGGCCAGCAGGGGUGAUCCUUUCAUCUCCUCUGCUGGCCCAUGCAGAGCCUCUUGGGCUGGUUACAUAGUUACAUAGCUGAAAAGAGACUUGCGUCCAUCAAGUUCAGCCUUCCUCACAUUUGUUUUUUUGCUGUUAAUCCAAAAGAAGGCAAAAAAAAAACAGUUUGAAGCACAAUUUUGCAACAAGCUAGGAAAAAAUUUCCUUCUUGACCCCAGAAUGGCAGUCAGAUUUAUCCUUGGAUCAAGCAGUUAUUACCCUACAUUGAAAGAUUAUAUCAUUGAAUAUUCUGUUUUUGCAAGUAUGCAUCUAGUAGCUGUUUGAACAUCUGUAUGGACUCUGAUAAAACCACUUCUUCAGGCAGAGAAUUCCACAUCCUGAUUGUUCUUACAGUAAAAAAACCUUUCCUUUGCUUUAGAUGAAAUCUUCUUUCUUCCAGUUUAAACACAUGGCCUCGUGUCCUAUGUAAAGUCCGGUUUGUGAAUAGAUUUCCACACAAUGGUUUGUAUUGGCCCCGAAUAUAUUUGUAUAAUGUUAUCAUAUCCCCUAUCCCCUCUCAGGCGACGUUUUUCUAAACUAAAUAGGUUUAAAUUUGUUAACCUUUCUUCAAAGCUGAUAUGUUCCAUUCCUUUUAUUAAUUUUGUAGCCCGCCUCUGCACUUUUUCUAGUGCCAUAAUAUCCUUCUUUAGAACAGGUGCCCAAAAUUGCAAAGCAUAUUCAAUAUGGGGUCUUACCAGUGAUUUAUAAAGAGGCAAAAUUAUAUUCUCGUACCGAGAACGAAUGCCCUUUUUCAUGCAUGACAAUACCUUACUGGCCUUGGCCACUGCUGAUUGACAUUGCACAUUGUUGCAUAGUUUGUUGUCUAUAACAAUUCCCAAGUACUUUUCGUGUGUUAUUAUCCCUAAUUCGCUUCCAUUAAGGGUAUACGUUGCUUGUGUAUUCUUUACGCCGAAGUGCAUAACUUUGCAUUUUUCAACAUUACAUUUCAUCUGCCAUCUGAGUGCCCAGUCCCCCAGUCUAUCUAAAUCCCUCUGCAGCAAAGUAAUAUCUUGCUCACAUUGUAUUAUUUUACAAAGUUUUGUCUCAUCUGCAAACACUGAAACAUGACUUUCAAUGCGGUCUUCAAGAUCAUUUAUAAACAUGUUAAAUAGAAGGGGUCCCAGAACAGACCUCUGAGGGACACCACUUGCCACCUCUGUCCAGCUUGAAAAUUUACCAUUAAUGACAACUCUUUGUACUCUGUUUUUAAGCCAAUGUUCUACCCAAGAACAAGCAUUUUCAUCUAGACCGAUUUCCUUGAAUUUGAACACUAAUCUAUUGUGUGGAACUGUAUCAAAUGCCUUGGCAAAAUCCAAAUAGAUCACAUCCACUGCAACACCCUGAUCUAUACUUCUACUUACUUCUUCGAAGAACGCAAUCAAGUUAGUUUGACAUGACCUGUGCUUCAUAAAACCGUGCUGAUUUUUGCUGAUAACCAUGUUCUUCUCAAGGAAUUCUUGAAUAUUAUCCCUUAAUAACCUUUCAAAUAUUUUACCAGCCACAGAAGUUAAGCUCACAGGUCUAUAAUUUCCAGGCAAGGAUUUUGAACCCUUUUUGAAUAUAGGAACCACAUCUGCCUUCCUCCAAUCCUCCGGAACACUUCCUGAAAGAAAAGAAUCUUGAAAGAUUAAAAACAGAGGUUCACUUAUUUCUACACUUAGUUCCUUAAGUACACGUGGAUGGAUACCGUCAGGCCCUGGAGCUUUGUUUAUAUUAACUUUCUUUAGUUGCUGCAGCACCUUGUCUUGAGUUAACCAAUUACAAUUAUUUUGCAAGUUUUUAGUAGCAAUCAUUUGCACAUCUAUUGCCAUGGGUUCUUCCUUAAUAUAUACGGAGGAGAAAUAGUUAUUUAAAAUUCCUGCCUUUUCCUGGUCUUCAUUAACUAACACCCCCGUUUCAGUUUUUAGUGUACCUACACUUUCAUUUUUUUUUUUUUUUAGAAUUUAUGUACCGUAUAUACUCGAGUAUAAGACGACCCGAAUAUAAGCCGAGGCCCCUAAUUUUACCCCAAAAAACUGGGAAAACGUAUUGACUCGAGUAUAAGACUAGGGUGGGAAAUGCAGCAGCUACUGGUAAAUUUCUAAAUAAAAUUAGAUCCUAAAAAAAUUAUAUUAAUUGAAUAUUUAUUUACAGUGUGUGUAUAUGAUGAAUGCAGUGUGUGUAUGAGUGCGCAGUGUGUGUGUAUGAGUGCAGUGUGUGUAUAUAUUGCAGUGUGUGUGUAUAUAAUGCAGUGUGUGUAUGAGUGCAGUGUGUGUAUGAGUGCGCAGUGUGUGUUUGAGUGCAGUGUGUGUGUAUGAAUGCAGUGUGUGUGUAUAUAAUGCAGUGUGUGUGAGUGCAGUGUGUGUGAGUGCAGUGUGUGUAUAUAUUGCAGUGUGUAUAUAAUGCAGUGUGUGUAUGAGUGCAGUGUGUGUAUGAAUGCAGUGUGUGUGAGUGCAGUGUGUGCAUAAAUGCAGUGUGUGUGUAUGAAUCCAGUGUGUAUGAAUGCAGUGUGUAUGAGUGCAGUGUGUAUGAGUGCAGUGUGUAUGAGUGCAGUGUGUGUAUGAGUGCAGUGUGUGUGUAUAUGAAUGCAGUGUGUGUGUGAGUGCAGUGUGUGUGAGUGCAGUGUGUGUUUGUGUUGCAGAGCCUUGGUGGGGGGGUGGGCAUUUUUAUAAAAAAAAAAAAUUAUUAUUUUAAUUUUUUUUGUUAUAUUAUUAUUUUUUUAUUAUUAUUUAUAUUAUUUUUAAUAUUAUUUUUAUUAUUAUUUAUAUAUUAAUUAAUUUAUUUUGUUGUCCCCCCUCCCUGCUUGAUACAUGGCAGGGAGGGGGGCUCUCCCUUCCUGGCAGUUCAGUGGGGGGAGGAAGGGGGCUGGCAGAGCUGUUACUUACCUCUCCUGCAGCUCCUGUCAGCUCUCUCCUCCUCCGCGCCGGUCCGUGCAGCUCCUCUCUCAGCUCACAGUGUAAGUCUCGCGAGAGCCGCACUAUGACCCCGAGGCUCUCGCGAGACUUACACUGGGAGCUGAUCGAGGUGCUGACCGGACCGGCGCGGAGGAGGAGGAAGCUGACAGGAGCUGCAGGAGAGGUAAGUAACAGCUCUGCCAGCCCCCAGUCUGUAUUAUGGCAAUGUAAGUUGCCAUAAUACAGACACUGACUCGAGUAUAAGCCGAGUUGGAGUUUUUCAGCACAAAAAAUGUGCUGAAAAACUCGGCUUAUACUCGAGUAUAUACGGUACUUAAAAAAAGCUUUGGGGUUGGUUUUGCUCUCUUUAGCUAUCAUUUUUUCAUUUUGAAGUUUAGCAAGUCUAAUUGCCUUUUUACACGCAUUAUUUGCUUCCUUAUAUCUUUUAUAAGAUGCAUCCGAUUUGUCUGAUUUAAAUGCUUUAAAUGCCCUUUUCUUAUUUUUAAUCUCUUGUUUUACUUCUCUAUUAAACCACAUUGGUUUUAAUUUGUUUCUUUUAUAUUUAUUUCCCAAUGGUACAUACUGAGAAAUGGACCUUUCUAAUAUUUGUUGGAAGAUGAUCCAUUUAUCCUCAGUGUUCUUUUCACUAAAGAGUUUAUGCCAGUCAAUAUAUUGUAAAGCUUCCCUUAACUUAUGGAAAUUGGCCUUUUUAAAAUUAUGUUUUAGUAUAACCCAAGUGCUUUUGUUUUUUUGAGUUUAUUUCAAAGGACCUUAUAUUGUGAUCACUAUUUCCCAAGUGCUCACCUACUUGAAUGUUGGUCAAAAGAUCAACGUUGUUUGUUAAAACCAGGUCCAGACAAGCGUCCAUUCUAGUUGGUACUUGUACAAGUUGUGACAUGAAGGUGUUAUUUAACAAGUUUAAAAACCUAAUUCCCUUUGCUGAACUACUAGUCCCUCUAUCCCAAUUUAUGACCGAGUAAUUAAUUAAAAUCUCCAAUAAUGAAAGUGUUACCUAGAUUUGCAGCUUUCUCAAUUUGCUCAAACGGCUGUUGUUCCUCGUCAAUAUUAACAUUAGGUGGUUUAUAACAUAUCCCAACCAAUAGUUGGUUUCCCUUCUUUUCCCCAAAGCAGAUAUUUACCCAUAAAGCUUUCACAUUUUCCUCAUCGCAUUCCAUUUGCUUAAGAUUUGGCUUUAAAUCAUGGUUGACAUACAAACAUACCCCACCACCCUUCUUGUUUUUCCUAUCCUUCCUAAAUAACAUGUACCCAUUUAAGUUAACUGCCCAGUCAUGUGUCUCAUCCCACCAUGUUUCAGUUAUGCCUAUUAUAUCAUAUUGUUUAGUUUAUGCUAAUGCCUCUAGUUCCCCCAUUUAGUUUUUUAGGUUCCUUGCAUUAGUAAGCAUACAUUUAAUAUUAUGCGUCACUUGUAUAUUUUGUGAAUUAUCAUCAUUACAUAGCUUCUCUGUUCUGAGCUUGCCCCUCCCCACGUCUCCACACCCCUUAUAUUGUGCUAAAGCCCAUCUCCUUUCUGUCCUAUCUCCAUUUUGUAGAUUGCUAUGACCCUCCCCCCCUACUACUAGUUUAAAAUCUCCUCCAACCUUCUAGCCAUCCUAUCCCCCAGCACUGUAGACCCUCUCCCAUUUAGGUGCAAUCCAUCACCACUAUAAAGGUUGUACCCAAUCGCAAAGUCGGCCCAGUGCUCUAAAAACCCAAAACCCUCAUUCCUGCACCAAGACUUAAGCCACGCAUUGACCUCUCUAAUCUCCUGCUGCCUUUCCACUGUAGCGCGUGGCACAUGUACUAUCUCAGAGAAUACCACUUUGGAGGUCCUUUUCUUAAGUUUGCUAGCUAAUUCCCUGAAAUCAUUCUUUAGGACCUUCCAUCUUCCUCUUACUUUGUCAUUGGUACCAACAUGGACCAUGACCGCUGGGUCAUCCCCAGCCCCUCCCAAUAAUCCAUCCACUCUGAGAUCAAAAAUUUUCCACACUGGCCCACUGGCACUUAGUUCCAGCAGAGGGAGGGAAGGGCCUGGGAGCCUCUUUGUUCCUCCCGCGAACAGCCUGGUCAGAUCGUUGCCGUGCGUUACCAUGGCAGCACUCCAAUACAGUGCUGUGCUCGCAGGAGGACAGGAGAGAGGAGCUGCAGGUUAAAGUGAACAUGCCAUCACUGGACCACCAGGGCUUGCAGCAUUAUGUACCCCCUACCUGUUAAAAAGGUAAGAAGAAGGGAGGGGGAGACCUUAAGAUAGAUUUCCACAUCUCACCCACCUACACACAGCAUAGACCCUAUGCACCCUUCACAUACAAACACACACUACACUCGUUACACACACACACACACAGACUGCCCCCUCACACACUACACCCCUCCCACACACAGACUGCCCCCUCACACACACACUGCACUCCUCCCACACUGCACCUCUCACACAUACACUGCACCCGACACAGACACACACACAUACACAGCAACCCUAACAAACACACACACAGCAACCUUCACACACACACUCUGCACCCUUCACACACACCCCACCCCACAGACACACAUAGAAAAAAAAAAAGUAAAUUUAAGUACAUCUUUCCCCUUUCUAAAAAUAAAACAAAUUCAUACUUGCGCUAUAAAAUUUGUUACUGUGGCACUGGUGGGCGGUAAGGAAAUUUUACCAUCAACAAAGAUACAAAAGUGGGCGGUAGGUAUUAAAAGGUUGACUACCCCUGGUCUAGACAAUGAAACAGGUAAAUUAAUUAAGAAAAUGUUCAGUGGGGCAAAGCAAAAGACAAUAUAUUCCACUGCCAUGGAAUUGCAAAACCUGAAAGGGAAUAUAAACAUCCCCACAGCUCUGAAGAAAUGGGAGAGUGAUCUGUCCGUUCGCUAAUCUAUGUUCGGGGGAAUUAUUAGGGAGCCUUCACAGCUCCUCUUUUUUAAUUAUAUGUAUUUGAGUGUUAUUAGUUAUAGAAAUGUUCAAAAUAAAUAAUCUAUUCAGGGGACAUUCAUUGAUUUGUUUUUACUUUAUUUUCAUAUUUUAUAUCUUGUGUUUCUAAAAAUAAUGAAUUUCUGUUGAACUAGUACAGGGGUAGGCAACCUACGGCACUAGUGCCAUGCACGGCACUCAAGGUGUCUUUGCACGGCACUCAAGGCUGCUAGAGCCAAACAGUAGAAUCUGGUCAGGUGAUUUCUGCUUUGAAAAAACAAACAGCAAAAAAACAAAACACUAAGGCAACUUAACUGUGACAUUUAUGGCUUAACAUUUGACAUUUACAGGCAAUGUAAAGAAAGCCUGACUUGGCCAUCGUAUUACUCUGUGGAUAUAGUAUUACCUCCAGUGAAAGAGACAGAGCUAAGACAAAUAAAGUAAAAUAAGUGAAAUGAGAGAAAAAGUAACUAACAAAGAAAGUAAAAUAAUGAAAUGGACAGUAACAUACAAUUAACAAUGCAGCAUUCUGGUUCAAAUAGUUGCAAAGACUUUUUCCAGGUUUAUAGGUCCUACUUUACAUCUCAGGAAAUUGUCUGUCAUAAGAUUAUUGACAGCUAAAUCACUGCAGCACUCAUAAUGGUAAUAGAUUCAGAUAUCAACAUCUGACAUUGGCUGACAGCCUGAUACGUCCGGAUUGUAAAUAUGUCACAAGCUUUGUAUGAAGUGUUCCCUCCAAACAUUUGAUAUAUACACACGCACAUACAAAGACCCUGUACUGCAGGUUGUUCCCAUAAUAAACUGGGAACAAUGCAGGGAUAACAGAGGUUCCUAAACUCAGGUAGAACUAGAACAUGCAUGUCCUGGUCUGCCUGAGACUAAUGAGAGUACUACCUUUACAAUAAAAUCAUCCCUACAUUACCCUAACAUACUAUACUAAACAUUAACCCCUACAUUACCCUAACACUACAAUAAAUCAAACAUUACCCGUGCACUACCCUAACAUGCUAUGCUAAACAUUAACCCCUACAUUACCCUAACACUACAAUAAAUCAAACAUUACCCGUGCACUACCCUAACAUACUAUACUAAACAUUAACCCCUACAUUACCCUAACACUACAAUAAAUCAAACAUUACCCGUGCAUACCCUAACAUGCUAUACUAAACAUUAACCCCUACAUUACCCUAACACUACAAUAAAUCAAACAUUACCCGUGCACUACCCUAACAUACUAUACUAAACAUUAACCCCUACAUUACCCUAACACUACAAUAAAUCAAACAUUACCCGUGCACUACCCUAACAUACUAUACUAAACAUUAACCCCUACGUUACCCUAACACUACAAUAAAUCAAACAUUACCCGUGCACUACCCUAACAUGCUAUGCUAAACAUUAACCCCUACAUUACCCUAACACUACAAUAAAUCAAACAUUACCCGUGCACUACCCUAACAUGCUAUGCUAAACAUUAACCCCUACAUUACCCUAACACUACAAUAAAUCAAACAUUACCUGUGCACUACCCUAACAUGCUAUGCUAAACAUUAACCCCUACAUUACCCUAACACUACAAUAAAUCAAACAUUACCCGUGCACUACCCUAACAUGCUAUGCUAAACAUUAACCCCUACAUUACCCUAACACUACAAUAAAUCAAACAUUACCCGUGCACUACCCUAACAUACUAUGCUAAACAUUAACCCCUACAUUACCCUAACACUACAAUAAAUCAAACAUUACCCGUGCACUACCCUAACAUACUAUACUAAACAUUAACCCCUACGUUACCCUAACACUACAAUAAAUCAAACAUUACCCGUGCACUACCCUAACAUGCUAUGCUAAACAUUAACCCCUACAUUACCCUAACACUACAAUAAAUCAAACAUUACCCGUGCACUACCCUAACAUGCUAUGCUAAACAUUAACCCCUACAUUACCCUAACACUACAAUAAAUCAAACAUUACCUGUGCACUACCCUAACAUGCUAUGCUAAACAUUAACCCCUACAUUACCCUAAUACUACAAUAAAUCAAACAUACCCGUGCAUUACCCUAACAUGCUAUGCUAAACAUUAACCCCUACAUUACCCUAACACUACAAUAAAUCAAACAUUACCCGUGCACUACCCUAACAUACUAUGCUAAACAUUAACCCCUACAUUACCCUAACACUACAAUAAAUCAAACAUUACCCGUGCACUACCCUAACAUGCUAUGCUAAACAUUAACCCCUACAUUACCCUAACACUACAAUAAAUCAAACAUUACCCGUGCACUACCCUAACAUACUAUACUAAACAUUACCCCUACACUACAAUACAUCAAACAUUACCGUGCACUACCCUAACAUACUAUACUAAACAUUGCCCCUACACUACAAUAAAUCAAACAUUACCCGUGCACUACCCUAACAUACUAUACUAAAGAUUAACCCUACACUACCCUAACACUACAAUAAAUCAAACAUUACCCUGCACUAACCUAACAUAUUAUACUAAACAUUAACCCCUAUACUACCCUAACACUACAAUAAAUCAAACAUUACCCGUGCACUACCCUAACAUACUAUACUAAACAUUACCCCUACACUACACUGCAUUUUCACUAAACACUAACCUAUAAUACAAUAAUACUGAACAUAAGCACCUAGACUAUACGAACACAUACCAGCAAAUCCAGCACUUUCACUAACUCUAAUCUAAUUAUAUUAUGUAACAUAAAAUAUACAUAAUGGCAAAGCUUGCACUGGAGAAAAAUAAUGUUAUCCUGGGGUUUUGGAGGCAUUUAUAAGCAACUUUACCAUUGGUCUCAUGGUUUUAUUAUGAUGUGUCCACAAACCCUCGAUGGCAUUAUUUUAACCCCUUAAGGACUGGACUGUUUUUGCGAUGUUGUACAUUUGCGACCAGGCAUAUUUUUACACUUUUGUGGUGCUUGUGUUUGGCUGUAAUUUUCCGCUUUCUCAUUUACUGUUCCCAUACAAAUUAUAUAUUGUUUUUUUCAGGACAAAAGGGGCUUUCUUUACAUACCAUUAUUUAUAUAAUCUCAUGUAUUUUAAUUUAAAAAAAAUAAAAAAAUAUGAUGAAAAAUUGAAAAAAAAUACAUGUUUUUGACUUUUACUUGAAAAAUCUUUUACUCAUCUACAAAAGCGAAUGAAAAAAACUGCUAAAUAGAUUCAAAAUUUUGUCCUGAGUUUAAAAAUACCUAGUGUUUACGUGCUUUUUUGCUUUUUUUUGCAUGUUAUAGGGCUAUAGGUACAAGUAGGAUAUUGCGGUUUCAAAACAUACAUUUUUUAAAAUUUAUCAAUAGUGACAUUGUAACACUAUUAUCUGUCAUAAAUCUCUGAAUAACACCCCACAUGUACAUAUUUUUUUUAAAGUAGACAACCCAGGGUAUUCAAUAUGGGGUAUGUCCAGUCUUUUUUAGUAGCCACUUAGUCGAAAACACUGGCCAAAGUAAGCAUUCAUAUUUGUUUGUGUGUGAAAAAGUAAAAAAACUAAAUUGAACGCUAAUUUUGGCCAGUGUUUGUGACCAAGUGGUUACUAAAAAAGACUGGACAUACCCCAUUUGCAAUACCUUGGGUUGUCUUCUUUUGCAAAUGGUAUGCCAUCAUGGGGGUAAUUCUCAUUCCUGGGCUACCAUACGCUCUCAAAGGCAACGUAACCAACCUGGCCAUUUUCAAUGUAAAAUAUUUGACCCAUAUAUUUGACCUUGUAACUUUCAAAAAUGCUAUAAAACCUGUACAUGGGGGGUACUGUUUUACUCGGGAGACAUCGCUGAACACAAAUAUUAGUGUUUAAAAACUGGAAAACGUAUCACAACAAUUAUAUCAUCAGUAAAAGUGCUGUUUGUGUGUGAAAAAUGCAAAAAAGUAACUUUCACUGACAAUAUCAUCACUGUGAUAUGUUUUACUGUUUUGAAUCACUAAUAUUUGUGUUCAGCGAAGUCUCCCGAGUAAAACAGUACCCCCCAUGUACAGGUUUUAGGGUGUCGUAGAACGUUACAGGGUAAAAUAUAGUGCUAGCAAAUUAAAUUCUCUGGAAUUUCGGCCUGGGUUGGCAGGCAGGUCCCUCAAAUUGCAAUCAAUAAAAUUACUGAAUUAUGUAAAAAUAUUACAUAAAUACGCACGUAGAAUUUAAAUAUAUAUGCAUAUUUAUAUAUUUGAAGUCUACGUGUAUAUUUAUAUAAUUAUUUAUGUAAUUUUGUAUAUGGAUGUAUGUAUAUUUCUUAUUAUUUUUAUUUAUUUUUAUAUACAUAGAUAUAUAUACAAAUUCAUUCUAAGUGUAUUUUGAUAUAAAUAUAUAUAUAUUAAUUUUAAAAUACAGUUAGAAUAAAAUUUCAUAUAGUAUAUAAUUUUUUUUAAAUUUUUUAUUAUUAUUUAAAAAAUUUUAUUUAAUUUAAAUUACUUAUUAUUUAUAUUUUAUAAUAAUAUAUAUACAAUAUAUAUAGUUAUUAUAUAUAUUAUAUAUAUACGUGUGUAAUUUAAUUAUAAGUGUAUUUUUAUAUUAAUAUAAGUACAUAUUAAUAUAAAAAUACACUUAGUAUGGCAUUAUAUAUAUGAUAUAUAGACAUAUAUUAUAUAGAUAUAAUAUAUGUCUAUAUAUCAUAUAUACACAUAUAUAAUUAUUAUUAUUUUUUUAUUAACAUUAACUUUAUUUAUUUUUCUGAUUUUACACUAGCAGGGAGACUGCCUGUCAGCACAGACAGUCCCCCUGCAGGCAGACACAUGGACACCUAUUGUGACCAUGUGAUCGCUGUGUUAAGCGAUCACAUGGCCACAGGGGUCCUAAUCUGCCGUGGGGAGACUGUCUGGGCUGCAGACAGUCUCCCCACAACCGGAGCCACGCUGAUCGCCGCCGGGGGAACGACGGCGAUCAGGUAAGUAGCUCUGACCGUUAGGACGGUUCAGGACCGUCAUCGGUCGGCAACGCAAAAAUGCCGAUGACGGUCCUGAACCGUCCUCGGUCCUAAGGGGUUAAACUAAUACACGGUUCAGUAUUCUAUAUGUUCUCUCUCUAUUGUGACAAAAGUACUCCUUUCCUCUGGUAUCUGGUCCUGGGAUUAGGGUGUUACACACAGUCUUUUCAGGUUUAAGAUACUCUUCACACACUGGAUGAGGUAAAAUGGCUUGCUCUUUUUACUGUGGUUCCAAAAUUCAACAAUGUGCAGUAAAGUAUAACAAAGUAUAACAAAAUAAAGAAAAACAAAAUCCUUGCUCUUCUGAGCACUAACUUAAAGGACCACUAUAGUGCCAGGAAAACAUACUCGUUUUCCUGGCACUAUAGUGCCCUGAGGGUGCCCCCACCCUCAGGGUCCCCCUCCCGCCCAGCUCUGGGGAGAGGAAAGGGGUUAAACUUACCUUUUUCCAGUGCUGGGUGGGGAGCUCUCUGCCUCCGAUCCUCCUCCGCUCCUCCCCGUCGGCUGAAUGCGCACGCGCGGCAAGAGCUGCGCGCGCCUUCAGCCGGUCACAUAGGAAAGCAUUAUCAAUACUUUCCUAUGGACGCUUGCGUGCUCUCACUGUGAUUUUCACAGUGAGAAGCACGCAAGCGCCUCUAGCGGCUGUCAAUGAGACAGCUGCUAGAGGAAUUGGGGGAAGGCUUAACCCAUUCAUAGUUUCUCUGAAACUGCUAUGUUUAUAAAAAAAAUGGGUUAACCCUAAAAGGACCAGGCACCCAGACCACUUCAUUAAGCUGAAGUGGUCUAGGUGCCUAGAGUGGUCCUUUAACAAAAUAAUUAUUUUACUGGGUUGGAUGGCUUGUCCAUUUCUCAACAUAAAUAUUCACCCUUUUAUUUGUCUAUGUUCUUUCUCUCUCAACUCACAGGAAGCCAAAAACACAAUCGCUCCUCCUUCUUGGCAGUGGAGUAUUUAAUAGCACCUGCAAUUAAUUAUCUUUUUUUGAGUGAGGUAAAUCAGAGUGGUGAAACUCUGCAACCGGACUAUUCACUUGCAGUUUCCAAGUAACCUCCAAAAUGUUGUCCACCCUUUUCCAAUCUGUGUUUUAUUUGAGGUAUAGUUGGUACAUUACAGAAAUGAGAAAAAAGAGUUAUAUCUCUUUGUGCACAAAACCAUAAUAUAACAGGUAUACAUAAGAUACUAAACUCUGCAUUAUUCAGCUUCUUUUUUGUUUUGUUUUGUUGAAGAUAACAGGAUUUCUUCCGGUUUGUUUGGCCAACCUCAUGAACAAGCGGUAAAAUUGUACUGAACAUGUGUAGCAUAAUGCGUCAUAAGAAAAAUAAUGCAAGUUAAUGCAAUAUUAAUUUUAAAACCACACGUUUCCAUGGGACUAAUAUUCUGCAUUACACAAAGUAGCAAGCACAAUUCCUUGAUUUCGGUCACAUGUUAUAUAGAUUAUAUAUAUUUUAUAUAUAUAAAAGCAGAAGUCUUGCACUCUGAUUUCUGUAAGAUUUUUUGGCUGGAGCACUGUAAUAUAUUUGCAUUUCAUCUUAAUGUAAACAUAUAAUGUAAUAUAAAAGGUACAUUAUAGCAAUUCAUAUAUGGGAGGAUCUCUGGGUUUUACAUACAUUUAUAAAUUACUUUCUCUAUGUGUAAAUUUUACACAAAUUGUGUUUUUGUUAAAAAUAAUUUCUUUCCAUAAUGGUAAAUGCCUGCACAUAGAGAAAACUUGGAAUAUGUAAUACAGUGUGGGUAAAAACAUGUAAUAGAUUUGCUGUCACGGAAGGCAUUUUUUGUGAAAAUCAAUUUCCAAUGUUCCUGUUGAUUCUGGUUAUUGUGGCCCAUAGAAUGGAGUCUGUUCAAUAAUGUCCCCUGCUAGUACAUAUUGCUUUCCACUCACAGUGCAAACCGCAUAGAUCUAAUGAUGCUCAUCUACAGAUAAUUAGCAGUGUAAUCAAUAGUGGCAGAAACAGUUCACAAUAUCAUACAAUGAUGUGUGCAUCCCUUUUAUUGUAUAAAAACGGUCACAAAACAAUGUUUGUUUAACAUGGUGUGGUUGAAGAAGUGGCAGAGAGAAAAACUGAAUUUUAAUUGGCUUAUGGUGCAAGAAAUUUAGAGCAAGAACAUAUUUGUAGUUAUUUUAUUUACACAAACUACAUCACAAACAAAUUUAUAAGUUUGAAGGCUUAUUUGUGUAGCUCUCCGAUAGAUUGAUGUACGCGCAAUGUUAUGGAGAGAGUAAUGUCAGGGUAGAAAAGAGGAUAGAGUGAUUUGGGUGACACCAGAAAGUGUUACUCUGGAUAUGGUGAACUGUUUGGUGCCUCUGUAACUGCACUGGAUUUGCUGUCAGGUAACUGGGUUUUGUCAGUUAUAUCCCCUGAAUGUCACUGACACAAAAGGUGGGGUACAUUAGCGACAUACCUCCUACUGUCACAUGCCCUUCCAUACCAGUUUACUAAGCAUGGAGGUAUGGCUGUACAGUGUUGGGACCUUGGUGUUGAUAUCAAAGAAUUUCAAAACCAUCCCUCCUCUCAAGAACUUAAAUAAAAAAAUGUAAAAACACCGAUGUGCACUCAAUGAGUCUCCAUCUCAAAGCUUUAUACUUAUGACCCACAAUUCUGCAUCAGUGCCUCUCCUGACUUUUCUAGAGUGUGGCAGGAUCUAUGCCUUGGACAAAGAGGCUAUGUUUCUCAGCUAGUAACUGUUUUUACCUUGUUUGACUGGAAACUAAAGCAAAACUAGACUGCACACCAGUAUACAGGCUCUGCUGGACUUGCAAAACCACAUACCAAACCACAAGGGAACAUCUUAGCAUACUAUGAUGUCUUGGUGUCCACUUCCUGUGUGGUAUGUUGUACUACAGUGACAACAACAAGAUUUAGAACGCAGCUGCAUUAGUACGUUCAAGAUAGAGACAUAGAUAUUUAAUUGAAUUUGUAUUUUUUUUUUUAUUCUUUAUUUUUGCAUUGACAUAGACUGAGACAGUGCAAUACAAGGAGGCUUGUGCAUAAGCCAUAUGUCCAUACCCACCUCAGUUAUACCGUGAUACAGCACUGAAAAGCGAUUGGUUACAUAAAUGUACGGCAUCAUAGAUUCACAGUCAGUCAAGGAUUUUUUGUUUUUUUUAUUUGGGUUUAUUUUUGAGAAUCAGGUAGAUUCUAUCCCUGUAGCGCAUGCCUAUUAUUAAAUUGAGCUAUAUUAAAGUGUAUAUUUCUUUUUGGGGCACAUUGCAUUAGUAAUGUGAAUAUCAUGCCAGAUGGUAAUGUUCUUCUCCUGUUUCUGUACAAUUGUACAGUAAAGCUUUUCUGUGGAGAUUAAUCUGCUUGCCUCUGCAUUACUUCAUUCAGAUGAGCCGGUGCCUCUUUCAAUGUAAAGUGUUCAGUCAGCACGAGUAGGUAGUCACACUCAGAACUUAGCUUUUAUUCCAGGUCUGCUAUGAUCAUUUCAUUUACUCUUAACCUUGAACAAUCCACAAUGAAAUACAUGGAAAAAUACAUGUUUCUUAGGAAAUGAGUGCGAAACAGAUUGGAACCAUUUUCUGAUAAAUGAUUGUAGACUGGCUUCUCCAAGUGUUUUGUUACCUUCCACAAAACAAACCUGUUAAAGAGAAACUACCAUAUUUGAAACAGCAGUGUUUUCAGAAGUGGAUAUUACGCACUGUUUUUAAUAUAGAUCCUAUAGAUAAUAUAGAUUUUUUUAUAUUUUUGUUAUUAACACUGAACUCUUGACAUUGUAACUAUUUUUUGAACAGACACGAAUUAGCAUUUCCUACCGUGUGACAUGUUUUUUCCGUUAGCUUCUCAUACAAUGAAACUUGUCAGUGCAAGGGAUUUGUAUGUUUUUGUAUGUUUGUGAUUUUGCCAGUGUUAAUUGAUUCUCCAUUGAUGUAAAUGGGGAAUCAGCGUAUGUACAUUUGCAGAAACAGAGUUAACAUGUGAAAACAAACACAAUUGUUAUUUUAGAAAAAGGUAAAUUAUUCUGUAUGAAAGUCAAGGUCUACAACUUAACCAAUAACAGUUUGGAUGUCAAAACUUUUACUAAUCAAAAUAUAUAUACACAUUUAAUGUUAACUAUCAAAAAUAGUGCAUAGGCAAAAGAACAAAUAUUGUAUAGUUAUUUUAAAAAAUGAAGCAAUAUCUUACAUUAUCUGCUGGAUUAGAACAUAGACCAACAAAAUAUGGAUCUGAGCUUGAAAAAAAAAAAAGAAUAUUGUUCUUGAAGGGAACACAACAAUUUAUCUAAUUCUUUUAUUCAAUAAGUGGUAAAAAUGACCCAUUUGAACUUUUAUUGUAGAGAACAGAAUGGGCCAGGUAUCUACAUCUCCAGUCAUCUCAUAAAUCUUUUCAACCAGCUGCAGUGAGGUAGAAAAGAGUUAAAAUUAAAAAAUAGAGAUGCUCUUUUUAAAAGAAAAGAAAGAAAAAAAGUUGUCUGGGUCUACAGGACUUAUGUUUAUCCAGAGUUCACCCAAGAUUUGUCCCCUCAAAAACCAUUAAUUGAACCCUCAAAACCCCUUACUGUACUAACUUAGUGUAAUCCAGCCAAUCACAAAGCAGGGGCAGGGAAAGGCUAUCCAUAAUAUAGGAACUUAUAAACCACCUCCACAAAGUUCUUCCCUUUUGGACCACUCAGUCAUUGUGCUAGAGUGUAAAAAUGUAUAUAUACUUUUUAAUAUGCAUGUUUCGAUGUUUAACUUUUUUGCUUUGUAUUUUUUAUAGUAUGCUCUGGUUUUUAUGGCUUUUUCUGUGAUCCCAAAAAUGAAAUGAUUUAAAAGAUGUUUUAAAGCUUUUUAAAUGUUAUUAAAUCCUCCCUUUCCACUUAAUCAUAAAAUGAAAACAUAUGGAUAUAUAGGUAUUCUUGUAAUGAAGGGGAGGGAUUUUAUUACUGGUUUGAUGUUUGUGAGUUUUGAGACCCAUAACAAGAUGUGUACCACGUUAUUAACAGGGUAUUGUACAUAACCUUAUUCUGUAUUAGAGAAGGGGUCAUAGUAUUGGAUGUAAAAGAAGCAACAAACAUGGGCAUCCACAGGAUGAAUUUUUCAGCUUGUGCCAGUAUUUUUCUUUAGAGAUUGAUAAUACACUGCAAUACCGGCGCCGGCCAGUAGGCGGCACUGUGUGUGGAGAGAGGCAGGGAUAGGAAGCUACACAGAUCCAAUAAGUGAGGGAUGGAGGGCAGCAUACAGAUCAGGUAAGUGGGACAGAAGAAGCACAAAGGUAAAGGAGAAGAAGGAGCAGAAAGGGCCAGCAAAGAGCUGGAUAGGGCAGCAAGGAGCUGUAAGAGGCAGGAGGAUCCCAACAGUAAAGUAGGAGAAGGAGCAGAAAUGAACAGAAAUGAGGAGAAAGGGUCAGCAAGGAGCAGGAAGGGGCAGGAAAGAGCAGGAAGGGUCAGCAAGGAGCAGGAAGGGGUAGGAAAGAGCAGGAAAGGUCUGCAAGAAGCAGAAAGGGGCAGGAAGGAGUGGGAAGGGUCUGCAAGGAGAAGGAAGGGUCUGCAAAGAGCAGCAAGGAGCAGAAAGGGGCAGGAAGGGACAGAAGGAGCACAAGGUUAAAGGAGCAGAAUGAAUCAGAAGAAGCACAAAGGUAAAGUAGGAGGAGGGGCAGGAAGUGGCAGCAAGAAACAAGAAGGGGCAGCAAAGAGCAGGAAGGGGCAGCACGGAGCAGGAAGGGGCUGCAGGAAGGGACAAAAGGAGCACAAAGGUAAAGGAGCAGAAAGAAUCAGGAGGAGCACAAAAGUAAAGUAGAAGAAGGAACAGAAAUCGCCAGCAAGGAGCUGGAAAGGGCAGCAUGGAGUAGAAAGGGUCAGGAAGGAGCUGAAAGGUGCAGAAGGAGCACAAAGGUAAAGGAGCAUAAAGGAAUAUAACUCAGCAGGAAGGGUCUGCAAGGAGCCGGAAGGGUCUGCAAGGAGCCGGAAGGGGCAACAAGAAGCAGGAAGGGUCUGCAUGAAGCAGGAAGGGUCUGCAAGGAGCAGGAAGGGUCUGCAAGGAGCAGGAAGGGGCGGCAAGAAGUAGGAAGGGCCAGCAAGAAGUAGGAAGGGCCGGCAAGGAGCAGGAAGGGUCUGCAAGGAGCAGGAAUGGUCUGCAAGGGGCAGAAAGGGCUAGCAAGGAGUUGGAAAGGGCCAGCAAGGAGUUGGAAAGGGCAGCAUGGAGUAGAAAGGGGCAGAUGGAGCACAAAGGUAAAGUAGGAGAAGGAGCAGAAAUGAAGGAGAAGGAAGGGUCUGCAAGGAGCAGAAAGGGGCAGGAAGGUAAAGUAGAAGAAGGAGCAGAAAGAGCCAGUGAGGACCUGGAAAGGGCAUCAAGGAGUAGAAAGGAGCUGGAAGGGGCAGAAGGAGCACAAAGGUAAAGUAGGAAAAGAAAUGAAUAGAAAUGAGCAGGAAGGGUCAGCAAGGAGCAGAAAGGGACAGAAGGAGCAGGAAGGUAAAGGAGCAGAAAGAAUCAAAGGUAAAGUAGGAGAAGGAGAAGAAAGGAACAGAAAGGGCAGCAAGGAGCAGGAAGGUAAAGUAGGAGAAGGAGCAGGAAGGAGAAAGCACAGAAAUGAGCAGUAAGGGACAGCAAGGAGCUGGAAGGGGCAGAAGGAGCACAAAGGUAAAGUAGGAGAAGGAGCAGAAAGGGUCUGCAAGGAGCAGAAAGGAAUCAAAAAGAGAAAGGAGCUGAAGGGCACAUAAGAAGCAGAAAGUAACAGAAAGGUAAAGGAGCAGAAGACAAGGAGGAUAGAAGACAGUGUCUUUUGAUUGUCUUACCCACUUUAGUGUAUCUUAUUCCCUAUUUUCCCCUUUGUUUGUCUUACACCCCUCUUGUGUGUCUCUUACAACAACCUUUGUGUGUCUCUUACAACCUACCUUUUUGUGUCAUUUAAAUCUUCUCAGUCAUUUUGUGUCUCUUUUUACACUUCUCCAGCCACUCUGUAUUUCUCUUUCUGGUAGUACUAUGCAUGUGUCUUUCUUCCCAUGCCCCUUUUGUGUGUUUCCCAGGUCCAGCCCCUUUGCCCCUUUCUUCCCUUUCCACUUGCUGUGUGUCUAUGCCCCCCCAACCCCUCUGUGUUUCUCCUUUUCCCCUUCCCAGCUCCUUUAUGUGUCUCUUUCUUCUGCCAGCACCUAUGUGUGUCUCUUUUCCCACAGCCCCUCUGUAUAUCUUUUUCUUCUGACCCAGCAGUUCAUUUAGUACCCCUUCCUCAGCCCCGUGUGUCUCUCAUUUCCCUUUCCCAUUCAUUCUGUGUGUCUCCACCCCAAACCCCUCUGUGUCUCAUUCUCCCUCCCUAGCCCCUCCAUAUUUCUCAUCCCUCAGCCACUCCAGGUCUCUCAUCCCCCCACCCUCUCCAUGUGUCUUAUCUCCCCCAAACCACUCCAUGUGUUUUAUUUCCUCCUAGCCCUACCAUGUGUUCCAUUUUUCCCUGCCCCAGCAUGUGUUUCAUCUUCCCCCCAGCCCCUCUGUGUGUCGCUUUUUCCCUCGUAGCUACUACAUGUGUCUCAUUUCUUCCCAGCUCCUCCAUAUGACUCAUCCCCCCUCUAGCCCCACAGUGUGUCUCAUUGCCCCCAGCCUCUCUAUAUGUCUCAUCCUCGCCACCUAUUUUCUCUUGCCCAACUAUCUCCCCUCCUGUGCCUACAGACCUCCAUGUAGAGUGUCCGAUUGGACUGCAGGUAGAGGAUCUUCUAUUUCCUGUUUGAUCGGGUAGAGGAUACAGAAAAUCCUCUACCCACGGUCCGCUCCGUGCUACAUGCUACAAGCGUGACUGGCCGCUCACCAUCGUCCUAUGCAGCCGUGCACCGGCCCUGAAGAUAUGCUUACUGGGAAAUUUACCAGUAUCCCAUUGGUCCAUAACAGCACUGAUUCUAUUUUGUUCUUUCCAAAAUUGAGUGUGGCCUCAAUUUGAAAUCUAAUAAAACCACAGUCAGUAAAACACGUGAGAUGCACAGCAAAUUGUCUUUGAUGAUCUGCAUUUGUGCUCCCAAUUUCUGGUGAUCAUCUGCGAAGUAAGGUUUUUAAAUAACUGAUACAAAGGAAAUUCCAUGCCAUGACAUCUGGUUUCUUCUCUUGUUACCAGUAAGAAUUAGCAAAGGAAUGAGAAUAUGUUAGAUCUCUAGUACUGGCGAUUAGUGAUGUUAAGUAUACAUUCUUCCUUUUAAUGUAUAUUCUUCAAUGAUGUAUUAAGAAAACAAAUGCAUGUGACUUAACAUUAGAUACAUGUUUCAUUAUAUAUAACUCCUUUUCCUUUGUAGGUGUUAGUAUACAGUUAAAGUCAUCCUGUCAUUCUCACAUUAUGUCGAUGAUAGUUUCACAGUUGGGUAGGUUUAAUUUGAAUCUACAUACAAUUCUAGCAAAAUAGAUUGAAAUAUAUACACAUACCUAUGGAUUGUCUCUUCCACAUGCAAUGUGGCAUUCAGAAAUGGAUGGGUCAACUGCGUGAGCAUCCACCACAGUUCCAAAUGAUUUUGGCAACAUCCCAUAAUUUCUAAAGUGCAAACUAUUCACAACUUUCUUAGUUGUAGUCUAAAAGCACAGACCAAACAGGGCAAAAAUGUAUAUUGAGGAAACAUGUCAUUUUUACAUUUACUAGCAAAUUAGCACAUUGCAUAGAUAACAUUGUACUCCCUAUACAAUGACAACAUUGUUAAUAUAACAUAUAAACUUUAACUUUCAGAGAAAAAGAAAAUAAGGAAUACAUUAACAAAUUAAAGAUAUAGCAGGUAGAUAAUUACUUUUUUUUUUAAACAUUUUAAACUUUAAACUGAAAUUAGUUGGAAAUAAUAUUAAAUUGUCUGUUUAAACCAUUUUACAUAUCAGCAAAGUAAACCACAAUGUUCUUUAUUCUCCAACCUUUAUAAAUGUUAGCUCGAUUUUCCUAAUAAAACUAGUUCUCAAAUAAGCUCACAGAUUUCAACAGAUAAAUCUGAUUGCUUUGGAGAACUGUGCACUGCGCAUGCACCAGCUGAAGGAAUACCUAGGGAAUUUAAUGAUGCUUCCUUUUUUUAACAGCAAAUCAUCUGCAACAGAAUUUGAUUCACUUUUUCUUGAGGAUUCUACCCUAUAGUAUGCAUGGUGAUUUAACUUUAACUUAAAAAUAAUAUUUAAUGUGUUUUAACUAAUUUGUCUUAUCCAAACACUAAAACAAAUGCAACUCCAGAAACCUCCAGGUUCCAGAAUACAGUGAAAAGGAUUGCAUAGUUACAUAGUUCUCACAUCUGUUUUUGCUAUUGAUCAAAAAGAAGGCAAAAAAAAAAACAGUUUGAAGUAUGUCCAAUUUUGCAACAAACUAGGAAAAAUUAUUCUUGACCCCAGAAUGGCAGACACAUCUCUACUUGGUUCAAUAAGCUAUCACCCAAAUAAUUAAAAAAAUAUAUAUUUUUUGCAAGUAUUCAUUCAAUUGUUGAAACAUCUGUACAUAUUUUGCUAAAACCACCUCUUCACCUCUUGAGACUUUCUUCCAGUCUAAAUAUGUGGCCUUGUGUCCUAUGUAUCAUCCUGUUUACGAAUAGAUUUCUAGACAAUGGUUUGUAUCGGCCCUGAAUAUAUUUGUAUGAUGCUAUCAUAUCCAUUCUUAAUUUUUUUUUAAAUUAAAAAUAUAUUUCUACCUAACUCCUUUAUGUUGUAUCUACGUACACCUGUGUGCUUAUAGAGAGAUAAAUAGAUUGUGUAUAGCACAUGUAUGUAUUCUCAGUAUCACAUUGUCUGCAUUCCAUCCAUCUAUUUACUUGUUUUUUUACAGAACUAA